GCCUCGUCGCCCUGAUCUCUCUGCGCUGUCUACAGAGACGCACCUGCCUGCAGAUCCCUGCCAGCCUCGGUUUUUGGUCUCGGUUCUAGGACUACCUUGUGUUGAACAAUGGCCUCUGCUGCCUUCCAAAUCUUGGGCAUGGCCCUAUCAGUGGUGGGCUGGAUUGGUGCAAUCGUCACAUGUGCCCUGCCCAUGUGGAAGGUCACAGCUUUCAUCGGCACCAACAUUGUGACAGCUCAGAUCACCUGGGAAGGCCUGUGGAUGAGUUGUGUGGUACAGAGCACCGGUCAGAUGCAAUGCAAGGUCUACGACUCCAUGUUGGCUCUGCCUCAAGAUCUCCAAGCUGCCCGAGCCCUUAUGGUCAUCUCAGUGCUUCUGGCUGUCCUGGCCCUCAUGAUUGGCAUUGUAGGGGCCAAGUGCACUAACUGCGUAGAGGAAGAGAGUGCCAAGGCACGCAUCGUCAUCGUCGCGGGCGCCGUCUUUGUGGUGGCAGGAGUCCUCUCCCUGAUCCCUGUGUGUUGGUCGGCCAACACAAUCAUCCGUGACUUCUACAACCCGCUGGUGGUAGAGGCUCAAAAGAGAGAGCUGGGGGCUUCCCUCUACAUCGGUUGGGCAGCCGCUGCUUUGAUGACCCUUGGAGGGGCCCUGCUGUGUUGCAAUUGCCCCAAGAAGGACAGCAACAACUACAGUGCCCGCUAUACGUCAGCCCCCUCGCAGCCCCGCAGUGAUUACCCCAGCAAGAACUAUGUCUAGGAGCCCCACCGCUGGAAGCUGCCAUCUUUCUGAAAGCUCAGUACUGUUGGGUCCCUUCAGUGGGAUGGAAUUCCAUCCCUUCUAGGAUGCCACAAAUAAUUGAAAACAGAGUAUCUUGCUCCAAGAUUUCCAUCCUGUUUGGCCCAUCAGUAUUUCUUUUUUUUUUUCCCUCCACAAUUACCACAGUAACAACUUUUCCUUAAAAUUCUGAACUGUUCUGGAGAACAUUGUGGACUUAUGGUCAAUGCCUUCUUUUUAUGUAGUUGGUGCAUUAGAUCUCAAAAGUCUUCUCUCCAGGUAGUUCAUGAGAAGUGGAUGCAUUUCUGGAUACUCGACAUGGGCUGUUCAACAAGAGACUGACUGCCAGCCAUGCUCCUGUUCCAUAGGAUCUCAGCUUGGAGGGAGACAAGUGCACCAAGCCUGGUCAUUAAUGCUGUGAUGUGUUUUUAAAAUAUUGCUUUUAAGUAAAGGCUAUGUAGCCUCUUGUUGCUUAUUUGUCAAUUAACCUUGCAUGCAUUUCAUAUUGGAAGCCAGUUUUUUUUAGUAUGUCUGAAUAACAUUGCAGGUUUUUUUUAGUAUGUCUGAAUAAAAUU